UAAUUUGCUUUGAUACCGUUUCUUCAAUUAUGUACGUUGUCUCUCUUUAGUGGUAAUCAGCUGAUCAUCUUGUUGGAUCUGUCUCUCUUUGAUUGCUAAAGGCAGUCAACUCUAUUCAUUUUCACCUCUCGUUUUAUUCUAGUAACUUGUAGCUGUUAUUCUCUAAAAAAAAAAAAAAAAGCAGCAAAUGGAGAUUGCAAAGUUAGUGGUGGGUCCCAUUGUAUCCAAAGUUUUCGAACGGUUGGUUAAUCCUGUUGUGCGUCAGAUCAAAUAUGUAUUCAACUACAGUGCCAACAUCCACAAUCUCGAAGAAGAAGUUCAAAAGCUCAGUGAUGCUAAACAAAGGGUUAAGCACACUGUGGAGGUGGCUGGGCGGAAUCCACUAGAACAAAUUGAACCUGAUGUUCAGAAGUGGUUGGCUAAGGUGGAUAGUGUCGCUGAAGAUGCAGAUAAAAUUCUUCUUCAACAUAAAGAUGGAGGAAAAAGGAGGUGCUUCAUGGGAUUGUGUCCAAAUUUGAUCAGGCGCCACCAGAUUAGUCGAAAAGCCAGUAAAGAAAUACCAAUCAUUGUUGGAGCCCGAGAAGGGGGAAAUUUUCCCAGAGUUUCCUACCGUGCUCCACCACAGGGCAUAGUGGCAGUCAAAGAGUGUGAAGCCUUUGAAUCAAGAACCUCUGUUGUAGAUGAAAUCUUGAAUACUUUAAAAGAUGCUGACUUCAAUCUCAUUGGAGUGUACGGAAUGGGAGGCGUGGGUAAAACCACACUUGUGAAACACAUUGCCACUCUGGUCAGGGAACUCGGAAUCUUCAAAUUGGUGGUUAUAGCAACUGUCACCCACAGUGUGGUUUUGACAAGUGUUCAGCAAGAAAUUGCAGAAUGGCUAGACUUCGAACUUGGUGCAGUCUCUAUUGCGGUACGAGCAGCUCGAUUGAGUGAGCGAAUAAAAAAGGAAGAGAAAAUUCUAAUAAUUCUUGAUGAUAUAUGGGCAGCAAUCAAACUAGAUGAGAUAGGAAUUCCUUAUGGCACUGAUCAUAAUGGAAGCAAGAUACUUAUGACGUCCAGAAAGCGAUCUGUAUUGUCGGAAAUGGGUGUACAGAGAGAUUUCAGGCUUGAAGUUUUAGAGCAUCAAGAGGCAUGGAAUCUAUUUGAGAAGAAGGUGGGAGACCUUAAAGAUUCCAACUUACAAUCUAUAGCUAUGGAAGUAGCAAAGAGAUGUGCAGGCUUGCCCAUUUUAAUUGUGACAGUAGCGACGGCAUUGAAAAACAAGCAGUUGUUUGAAUGGAAGGAUACAUUGGAAAGUCUUAAAAAAUUUGAUGGCAAGGGAUAUGAAGAGAUAAUUUACUCAGCCCUAGAGUUGAGUUACAACUAUUUGAGAAAUGAGGAGAAGUCUUUGUUCCUACUUUUAGGACAACUCCGACCUAUUGUGCUCAUCCAAGACUUGUUGAAAUAUGUAGUGGGGUUGGGCUUGUAUAAUGAACUCAUCACAGUAGAAGCAACAAGAAAUAGACUGCUUAAAGUAAUAAGUGAUCUAAAGCUGUCUUGUUUGUUACUUGAAGAUGAUGACCGUAAGCGAGUCAAAUUGCAUGAUGUGGUUCACAACUUUGCAGCCUCAUUUGCAUCCAACCAUCAUCAAGUGCUCACUGCAGCAAAUAAAAUUGAGUUGAAAAAAUGGCCGAACGAGGACUUCUUUGAGCAGUGCACAUCAAUCUCUUUGCCAUAUUGCAAAAUCCCUAAGCUCCCUGAAGUAUUUGAAUGCCCAAAGCUCAAAUCAUUUUUGUUGUUCAAUCAAGAUCCCUCACUUAAAAUCUCAGGGAAUUUAUUCAGUAAAAUGAAAGAACUCAAAGUCUUGGAUUUGACGGAAAUAAAUUUGUCACCACUGCCUUCGUCACUUCAAUCUCUUGAGAACCUCCAAACAUUAUGUUUGGAUUUCUGUGAUUUGGAGGACAUAGCUGCAAUUGGAGAGCUAAAACAGCUACAAGUUCUCAGCUUGAUGGGAUCUAAAAUUAUUCGAUUGCCGAAUGAAGUAAGAAAUUUGACUUGUUUGCGACUUUUGGAUUUGAGUAGAUGUCAAAGACUUAAAGUGAUUCCGCCAAAUGUCCUAUCAACACUAGCCCAAUUGGAGGAAUUAUACUUGGGGGGAAGCCUUGUGCAAUGGGAGGGUGAAGGGCAUGAUGAAGGAAGCAACAAAGCUAACUUGUCUGAAUUGAAGCUUUUGUCAAAAUUGUCCACUCUAGAUAUACAUAUCAUAGAUGCAAAUAUCAUGCCUAAAGAUAUAUUUUCUGAAAAAUUGGAAAGUUUUAGAGUAUUCAUUGGAGAUGGGUGGGAUUGGGCUAAUGAGUAUGAGACCUCAAGAUCAUUGAAACUCAAGCUGAAUAGAAGCGCCUUGUUGGAGAGAGUAAAAGUGUUGCUGAUGAAAACCGAAAGUCUAUAUUUGGACGACUUGAAGGGCGUGAGAAGUGUUCUCUAUGAAUUAGAUGAUCAAGGCUUUCCUGAGUUAAAGCAUCUUCAUGUUCAAAAUAGCCUUGAUAUUCAAUAUAUCAUAGACUGGAUGAAAAUGAACUAUUUCACUGCUUUUCCCAAGUUGGAGUCAUUAUUUCUUCACAAUCUGAAUAAUUUGGAGAAGAUUUACCGAGGGCCUUAUACAGUGGGAUCUUUUAGCGAUUUGAGAAAAUUAAGGGUAGAAAAUUGUAAUGCAUUGAGGAGUCUCUUCUCAUUUUCUAUGUUUAAUGUCCUUAAGAAGCUAGAAGAAGUAAAUGUGAAUAAUUGCGAAAUUAUACAAGUGAUAGUAGCUAAGGAAGGUGAAGAUGAUGAAGAAUGUGAGUUGACGCAACUACGAUCCUUAACGUUGGAAAAUCUACCCCAAAUUACAAGCUUUUGUUCCCAAGUGAAGGUGCAUUCUACAUCCCAACGAGCACAAAAUCAAGAAAUAGCUACUACGGCCUCCAAUGAAAUUGUAUGUGAAGCUGAUGCGGAAGUUCUGGUGGCACUUUUCAACGACAAGAUUCGAUUUCCUAAUUUGGCAGACAUGAAGUUGGUUGGAAUUAAUGUGGAAAUGAUAUGGCCUUGUCAACAUAAAGCAUUGUCUCCGAGUAUUGAAAAAUUAACAACAUUGAUUGUAGAUGGGUGUGGGAAUUUGAACUUUCUAUUCACAUCUUCUAUUGUUGGAAGUCUUGCACAGCUUAAAGUGCUUGAGAUAUGUGACUGCAAAUCUAUGGAAGAAGUAAUACUUGCAGCAGGAGAAGGAGAAACGAUGAGCAAAAUAUUAUUACCUAAAUUAGACUCUCUAAAGCUCAAAGGUCUUCCCAAGCUUGUAAGGUUCUGCAUAGCUAAGUUAAUUGAAUGUCCCUCCUUGAAAGUGUUGAAGAUGGAGAAUUGUCCUCGUUUGCAAGCAUUUGUCUCCACACAAGUGAACACAGCUCUCUUCGAUGAAAAGGUUUGGUUUCCUAAUUUGGAGGAAUUGCAUGUUGAGGACAUGCAUAUGUUGAAGAUGAUAUGGUGUGAUAAAGUCCUAGCAGAUUCCUUUGGUAGAUUAAAAGUGCUAAAGGUGCUAAAUGGAAAACAGCUACUGGAAAUCUUUCCGUCUAAAUUGUUGGAAAAGUUCUUGGUGAAUCUAGAAUCAUUAACUGUACGACAUUGUGAUUCAGUGAAAGAGGUGUUUGAUCUCCAAGCAAUAAUAAAAGAAAGAGAAGUACAUGUUGUAAGGCACAGUCAAUUGAGAACUUUGGAAAUUCGGAAUCUUCCCAACUUAAUUCAAAUAUGGAAUAGGGAUCCUCAUGGCAUUCUCUCCUUUCAUAACCUACGUGCAUUGAAUGCUUGGGAUUGUCCAAAUUUGAAAAAAUUCUUCCCAUUUUCAGUAGCUCAAUGUCUACCGCAUCUUGAAUUGCUAAGCAUAAUUGGUUGUGGAAUGGAGGAAAUCGUUACUAAGGAGGAAAGAGCAGAGGCACUUGCUAUUAUUCCCAAGUUUGCAUUUCGUGGGCUAAAGACCAUGAGCCUUUGGGUAUUAGAUCAGUUGAAGUAUUUUUACUCAGGAAAGCACACUCUAGAAUGUCCACAACUAAAAGAUUUAAAUGUGUUUUUGUGCACAAAACUGCAAACUUUCAAUUUUGAAUCUCAAGAAAUACAAGAAAUGCUCAAGGAUAAGGAAGAGGACGAACUGAAACUUCAAAUUCCACAACCACUUUUCUCAUUUAGAGAGAUUAUUGGCAAUUUGGAGGGAUUAACAAUAAAUGACCAGGACGCUGCAAUGAUACAACAAAGCCAAUUUCCAAUGGAUCUCUUUGUCAAACUAAAAUUUCUUGAGCUGCAAAGCUUUCGUUAUUCUUUCUUGAAUUUGCCACUUAAUCUUCUUCAGAAGUUUCCAAAUUUGGAAAAACUUGUUUUGAGAGGAUGUUAUUUCAAAGAAUUACUGCAACAUGGUCAUGGUCAUGAUCCAGUUCUAUCACAGAUCCGAUGCUUACAGCUGAUUUCGAUUCCUAAUAUUAGACAUAUAUGGAAUCAAGAUUCUCCAUUUUUUCAGAAUCUUGAAACUCUUCAAAUAUGGGAUUGCGAUGGUUUGACUAAUCUGGCACCAUCCUCUGCAACUUUCCAAAAUCUUAGGACUCUGAGUGUGAGGAGGUGUAAUGGAAUGUCAAGCUUAGUAUCUUCUUCUACUGCUGAAAGUAUGCACAAUCUCGCCACAAUGAUUAUAGAAGAAAGCGAUACAAUUGAAGAAAUUGUGUCAAGCGACAAAAAUAAUUUCCAAUCCCAAAAUGAGAUUAUUUUGUGGAAAUUAACAACUUUGAGACUUCACUGCUUAAAAAGCCUCGAAACUUUCUGUUCAUCCGCACGUUGCACAUUAAAAUUUCCAGCUUUAGAAGUUGUAGAUCUCUCACAGUGCCCUAAAAUGAAGGUUUUUUCUCAAGGAUCUAUAAGCACACCAAGGCUAAAGAGAGUAAAUUUGACACAAGAAAGAGAUAAGUGGCGUUGGGUUGGGGAUCUUAAUUCCACUAUAAAACAAUUGUAUGCAGAUAAGGUUGGAUUCAGUGGCCUACAACAUUUGAAACUCUCUGAAUUUUCUCAACUAAAAGAGGCAUGGAAAACCCAACUUCCAGUCAAUUUCUUUUACAAUUUAAGUUCCUUGGAAGUAGACGAGGUUGCAUUUUCCUCCAUUGUUGUUCCAUCCAAUCUACUGCCAAUUCUAAAUGAUUUGGAAAAGCUUGAGGUCAGAAAUUGUGAUUCAGUGGAACAAGUAUUUGGCCUAGAAUGGCCAAACUUUGAUGGACCAUUUGGGAAUUUGUUCAAGUUGAGUGAGUUAAAAUUGAUAAAUCUUCCAAUGUUGAGGCUUGUGUGGAUUGAGAUUCCCAAAGGAAUUUUAGAUCUCAGAAACCUUAAACUGCUCAAAAUCUACAAUUGUAGCAGUUUGAGAUAUAUAUUUACUCCUACCAUCUGCUGUGGCCUUGAGCAACUCCAAGUGCUUGAAGUGAAAAGUUGUGCUAUGGUUGAAGAAAUCAUCACAGAAGAAUCUAUGGAUGAGAUUAGAUUUCCUCAACUAAACUCCAUUAUUCUUGAAUCCUUGCCUAGAUUAAUCAAUUUCAGUUCUGGCAGUGGUACUGUGCAUUGUCCAUCUCUGAAAGAGAUUGCUGUAGUUGAUUGCCCAACCACAUUCACUUGUUCAUUCUUUAGGGAAGCAGAUGCAGCAAUUGAUAAAAUUGUUGAGCGAAAGGUAUUUUUUCCUAAUCUGAAGGACCUGAAACUGUCAUCAAUUGAUGUUGAGAUGAUGUGGCAUGCUCAACACUUGAAGUUGUCCUCUUAUACUGAGAAUUUAACAAGCUUGACUGUGGAUGGCUGUGGGAAUCUAAAAUAUCUAUUAUCAUCAUCAAGUAUUGUGCAUCUGAAGAGACUUGAGGUAUGCAAUUGUAAGAUGAUGGAGCAAGUGAUACUCAGGGAGGGAUUGGAUGAAGAAAUCAUGUCACUCCAUCACCUAGAGUCCCUGAAGCUCAAAGAUCUGCCAAAACUCACCCGAUUCUGCACAACUAAUUUAGUUGAAUGCUCUGCCUUAACAGAGAUUUGCGUACAAAACUGCCCUCAAAUGAGAACAUUUGUUUCGAAUUCUCCAACUUCAAAUAAUGAACUUGAAAUUAUAAACUCUGCUCUAUUUGAUGAAAAGGUUGCAUUCCCAAACUUGGAGAAAAUGAAGAUUCUUAACUGUGAAGAACUACUUAAAAUCUUUCCAUCCAUGUGGCUGAGACGCCUCCAGAAGCUUGAGGAUUUGAUCAUAGGCAAUUGUGAUUCACUGGAAGAGGUAUUUGAUCUACAAGAGAUAAUAAAAUUGAAAGAAACAGUGACCAUUCAGUUGAGAACUCUAGACAUAAGAAACCUCCCUAAUUUGAAGCAUGUAUGGAAUAAGGAUCCUAUGGGACUUGUCUUGUUUGAUAACCUAAGUUCAGUGGUGGUUUGGGAUUGUCCAAAUCUAAAAGCUAUUUUCCCAGCUACAAUAGCUAAAAAUCUGCUGCAGCUAGAGAGACUAGAUGUGCAAAGUUGUGGUGGGGUGGAGGAAAUUGUUGCUCAGGACCAAGGAACAGAAGCAAGUAUAGAGUUUCUUUUUCCUUGCUUAAAGUUCUUGAAGCUUCAGGAAUUAAAUGAACUCAAGUGCUUCUACUCAGGAAUACACACUUUGGAAUCUCCAUUACUGAAGCAUUUAACUGUGUAUCACUGUGAGAAAUUAAACAUCCUUUGCCCUGAAUCUGAGAACUUGCUAGAGACAGAGACGGAGAGCCAAGCUAUGAUUCAGGAUCCACAACCGCUUUUCUCGUUUAGAAAGGUUGUCUCCAACUUAAAGAAGUUAGCUCUAACAAGAAAGGAUGCGGCAAUGAUAUUGGAAGGCCAAUUUCCAGCUGAUCUCUUUCACAAACUCACAACCAUUGGGAUACAUUGCUUUCAUGAUGAAUCUGCAGUUUUUCCAUUUGAUCUCCUUGAAAGAUUUCAGCCUAUGGAAAUUCUUCUAGUGGGUUGUAGUCAAUUCAAGGAGCUGUUCCCAUGUGAUGGCUCUGUUGGUAGGAAAAAAUAUGUUGAGGUUCUUGGAUGGAUACGGUCGUUAUUGUUGGAUAACCUUCCUGAUUUGACGGAUAUAUGGAACCAAGACUCCCAACUAGACCAAGUUUUACAGUCUCUUGAACUUCUUAAUGUUCAGAGGUGUAAUAGUCUGGUUGCUUUAGCACCAUCCUCUACUUCUUUCCAAAAUCUAAUCACGUUGAAAGUGUUGAAAUGCAAUGGAUUACUUAGUCUAGUAACAUCUUCCACAGCAAAAAGUCUGGUGCGACUCACAACAAUGAGUAUAAAAGAAUGUGAUGGAUUGAAAGAGAUAGUUGCAAAUGAUGGAGAUGAAAUUGAAUUGAAAGAGGAUAUUAUCUUUAGCAAAUUGGAAAGUUUGGAACUUCAUUAUUUGUCGAACCUCGUUUGCUUUUGUUCAUCAGAACACAGCUUCAAAUUCCCCUCUUUGAAAAAUGUAACUGUGAAGCAAUGCCCCAAGCUGCAGGUUUUCUCAAAAGGAGUCUUAAACACAAGUAGCCUGCUGGGUGUACAAAAAGAUGACCAAUGGCAUUGGAAUGGCAAUCUCAAUGCUGCCAUACAACAAUUGUUUGCAGAAAUAGUAUAAGAAUGCUAGAGAAUAUUGAAUUAUCGGCGCAAAGGUGAUGCCAAGCACAAAAGUCAUAUCAAAGGUAGAUUGUGAAAGGGCUUAUUUAUUCAUAAUGGAAGCAUUUAUGCAAGAUAUUGCUUUUUUUUUUUUUUUUUGAGAUUUUAAAAUGGUAUAAGAAUCAUUUUGCCCUCAUAUUAUUACUAUUGCUAAAAGCAUUCUAUAUUUGUUUUUUCGGAAUUAUAACUUAAACAAACUCCACUAAUGCCAUGUCUUAGGUUAAUGUGAGAUUGGUACUAUUGCAAACAACCUAGCUAAAAUCAUGGAUUAUGGCUUCUGUCUACUAUUGGAUUCUUAUCGAACUAUGAUUAUUUCUGCUUUGGUCUCUGUUUUGUAUGUUCCUAUUGGUUUGUGUUUACUUUAUAUUCCUAUAACAUGUAUAUUGGGACGGUGUGAUACCGAGUGCUUAAUGAACGAUGUAUGUUAAGUUUUUUCCUGGUAAUUUUUAAUAUGCAUGAAUGCAGGAUUAGUUAUAUUUUGUG